AUGAUUGCUGCUGCUUCAAACGUAAACAAAACUGCUGAAAGUAAAACUCGUGUAGAAUAUGAUACUUUCGGUGAAGUAUUGGUGCCUGCACAUCGUUAUUAUGGUGCACAAACGGCGCGCUCGUUGAAGAAUUUCCGCAUCGGUGAUGAGCUCGAAGAGCAGAUGCCAUUCCCAAUUAUUCGCGCUUUUGGUAUUUUCAAAAAAGCGGCCGCUGAAGUGAAUUGCGAAUUUGGAUUGGAUCCGACGAUUGCACGUGCCAUAUCGCAAGCCUCUGACGAGGUUGUCAGUGGUCAGUUUGAUGAUGAUUUUCCGUUGGUGAUAUGGCAAACCGGUUCGGGUACGCAAACGAACAUGAACGCGAACGAGGUGAUUGCAAAUCGUGCCAUUGAAUUGCUGCACGGACAAAUCGGUAGCAAACAGCCAGUGCAUCCGAACGAUCAUGUCAACAUGUCACAGUCCACGAAUGAUGCUUUUCCGACAGUCAUGCAUAUCGCUGUCAUGUGUGAUCUGAAUGUCAAUAUGGUGCCGUCCAUUCAAAAACUCAUUGAAACUUUUGAAAAGAAAGCAAAACAACUAAAAAAUAUCUAUCUUCAUAACGCCACCGCGAAUAUUCCGCUGAAUUUCGGUGACCUGUUCAAUGAAUUCGCCAAACUUCUUAGCGCUGAUCUACAGUGCUGCCUUCAAAAGGCUAUGCCACGACUGUUGGUGUUGGCUGCCGGUGGCACGGCCGUCGGUACCGGCUUGAAUGCACCGCAAGGAUUCGCUGAGAAAAUGGCUGAUCGCAUAGCCGAACUGACGGGGUAUCCGUUCAAAACAGCGCCGAAUAAAUUCGAGGCGUUGGCCGCUCACGAUGCUAUGGUUGAGUGUCAUGCUGCACUGAAUAUGCUCGCGCUGGCGCUCAUGCAAAUUGCCACUAAACUUCAUGAAAUCGACUACUCGGCAACGUCAGCAUAUCAAAUCAUUGACGCAGAAAGUGCCGAAAAUGAAGAAUCUGAUCGCUUUUCGGAAUACGUUCCAAAGAUGCGAGUGGAAAUUGAUGUGACACACUGCGAAAUGUUGGCCAUGCUAGCCGCUCAAGUGGUCGGUAAUCACACCUCCGUGACCGUCGGAGGGUCGAAUGGUCAUUUUGAGUUGAACACUUUCAAGCCGUUAAUCGUUAGCAAUGUGCUACAAUCGACAAAGUUGAUAGCGGAUUGCUGUGAUGCAUUCCGUGUGAAUUGUAUAGAUUGUAUUCGCAUUGUGAAAGCAUUUCCGGACACUAAUAACUGUAAUGACAAGAAUAUCAAUCAGAGUAAUCACGCUCACAUUAAUAGCCGAAUCAGAGGGAUGGGACAUAUAAGUGGUAUUGGGAUGAUGUCAAGAGCGCAAGCGAUCGCCGAUGAUGUGGAUACGGACAUGAAAUGGUGGAAUGACUAUCCUACAUCGAAAUAUAUGGAAAUGGCUCGUCCUCAAUCCACUUAUAACACGUAUAUGUCGAAUGUGUGGAGUAAACCUAAACGUCUUGCACGAUCCGCCUCGUACACAAAUCUCACCUAUAUAAGGGAAGCAGUACACGACUAUCCGAUUCGUCGCUCUUCAUCCGUUUCCUCACUUGCACCAUCCUUAGCACUUCCACAGCACUACAGACAAGCUGAACGCUUCCUGCCGUCAUCUACCGUUUACAAGCCGAACAUUUACGACUGGUACAAUAAACCAUACAGUGUCGCCAAAUGGAUCGACACACACCGGUCACUCACGAAGCCGCUCUAUCGUAAAUCCGCUUAUGAGCCACUUCCAUACAGUUCUCAUGUACCCUACUAUCAACUUCAAACGCAAAGGAUCUUCAAUAAUCAGCGUCUAGAAAACCAGCGCUCAUAUAUAUCCGGCUCACAGAGAUAUUUGGAUAACUACGUAUCGGCUAGAUUAAAGGCUGACGAUUUUGCACAACAAUACGCCUACACUGCCUAUGAGUGGAGAGUUCCUCAAGAUCAUGCAUUCAAUCGUCACUUUAUGUAUGGUGAACGAGUUUUUAUUCCACAUGCUCGAGGAAACCCACACUCAUAUGCGUCGGGUCAGACGUUACGGAGUCUCUACAAAACGACCGGUCGAUUCCGUUUCGCUUAAGUUUUCGAUUCACCAGAAAGCACUUUGUCGGAUUCACUCUAUCCCUUGCUGAUGAUGAGUCGUGAACUUGCUUGACGAUAACGAACUUGGUUUUCUUAAAGCUUUCUGGAUUCUGCGCUCAUCCUUAGGUUAGCUCUUAUCGUUGAGCAUAGAGUUGCCGGAAAAAUUGUGAUCUCUGAAUCGCACAGUAAACAGUAAACCAGCGUCAGUUUUUGUGCACAAUUUUUACUAGUCGAACUAAACAUUGCUAUUCACAUAUUAACUGGUAAUAAUUCAGACAUGAUCUAACUAAAUAAGUUUUGCUCAGCUGAACGCCACCACUCAAGUCAUCACUGAAACAUCAGUGCACAGAUGAAAGGAACUUAUUUUAACGCCAAUCUUAUGCCAUAAUUAUGUUGAAACUUUUCGAAAAUUGUUCUCUUUUCGUUUUACAAUUCACUGUUUCUCAUGUAAUUUAUACUGCCUUAUUUAUGAUACUUGCUUUGAACAUAACGAUGACUUUUACGAAUAUUUUAAUAAUGCUUUUCAGGAGGUUGUUUAUUC